GGCUGGAACCGCGGCCACUUCAGUUUGAGUCUGACUAUCGGAGCGUACACAUCUGUCAUUUGCUUACGCGUGGAGGACAUUUUUGUUGGUUUAUUUAUUUGAAUAAACUCCGAAAUUAUUCUGCUGUCAGAGACGGACAUUUUUCUGACAUUUUUGGAUAAUAAAAAGCUUUGUUCUGUGGGUACCAUCUAGACAAUUGGAAAAUGGAGCAGUGAUUUUUGGAGUGAUGUAUUGUGUGGAAAAUUUUGAAAAGAAGGAAAGCUGUGGUUUGCUUUGUAUAGCUUUUGGUACAAUUUGACAUUGUAAAGAUUUUUUUGAUAAAUUUAUUAGACGACUUUUAUUGUGAAUUGCCUGUGGAGAAUUUCAGAAACUUGUUUGGUAGGUUAUUUUGAAGAGGGAGAAAAGGAGCACCCGAGGAGACUUGGGUGUAGAGCAGAAGAAUUUGAGAAGAAGAAAGAGAGAAAAACAAACCCUCUUUUUCUUUGUUCACUAAAGGGACGAAAAGGAACUUUCAGGCUUUCGUUCUCAGUUUAACUAAGAGUUUUAUAUCAAAACGAUCUAUUUCAAAGUUUACUUUUUAACUUACCUAUUGAUGACACAAAGAGAUUUUUUGGCUUAAACGAUAUUUGAGUUUUUUAGAGUUUAUAUUCGAAAAUAAUCAAGUGCGAGUGUUUAUGAUACAAUGAUAUUUAGUUGGGUGUAAAUUAAAAAUGUAAACACCUUUGGUUUUAAGAGUUGUUUUAUCUUCUAUUCCUUUGCCAUUUGAAGGACUGUGUUGGAAGUAAUUUACAUUCAGGAGCUUGGAUAUUCACUCCUCUCUUUGAUCUCGCGAUGCCGCCACCCGAUCGUCACAGUUUUUAACUGUAGGCCUGAAACAAAUGGCCUCGAUACUUGGAGAUGGCACGGGCCCUGGUGGGCCCGGUCCCACGAGGUGCCUUCUCCUUUUGCAAAGAUCCCUGGCCAUUCAGCUGAGUCGUGGACCUCCGCCUACGGUUCUUGCUACCAACCAACAUGACAGCUCUAAAGAGCAUCCUGCCGAUGAGAUGUGGAUGUACGACAAGGGCUACAAUCUCUUCCAGAGCUUCUUGGAGGCAAAUUCCAAGUGCUGGUGGAAUGCAGCAUUGGUGGAUGCAACUCGUCAAUUGAGAUAUAAUGGUCAUGUAGCUCCUGGUAUUCUCAUGGUUGCUGGCCCACCCUGUGCCUUGGAAGUUCUACGAGCUGCAUGGUCUAGGAAUGUACUCAGACCUCCUGCUGAUCAUUGUAUCACUUGUCUUGGUGACAUCGAAGACUGUUUGGUUGCACCUGUCGCUCAAGGCCAAUUUACGCCACUUCCGGAAGCUUUAUGUUGGGCAAUUUUGGAGUUAACAUCACAAAGACAGGCAGCCACACUCGAUACACUUCGUUCAGCACUGAGAAAUGCUUUUCCAACGAUGCAACGACCAAGUCGUGAACUUGUUUACGAUGCUCUAGCAAAACUUAUGCAAGAACGAAAGAUAUAUCACACGUCUCAAGGCUACUUUGUCGUGACUCCAGAGACUAAAAGACUUAGACGAGAUUCUAGUGGUUCCAGAAGGAAUUCUCGUGAAGUUGGAAGUUGUCGAGGACAAGGUGGGAUGCUGAUGAGUAACGACGAAGCUAUGGCUCUCGUCCACGGUGAGAUGCUCACCCUCAGGGACGGAAAUGUGACGCAUCAAGCUGUGCAGACAAAUUUAGCCGAUGUUAUUUGUGGAGGGAAUCCAAAUGACAAAAUUCUUUUCGCACGAUGUCGAUCGGUACCAGGUCGCUUGGAGAGAAGGCAUUCUUUGAGACUCUGGGGUUCUGCCAGAAGGCUUCACAGGAGCGGAAGUUCUCGAUCUUUGCCACGAAGGCCAGAAAGAAGUGACACUUCAUCCAGCGCCGAGUAUGCCAGCACAGACAGCGCGCCUCACAGUCCCACUAGCCUCUCGGGCAUAUUUUCAGAGAAGAUAGGCUUACUAUCAAGGCUGUUUCGGCGAAGCAGUAGGAGAAAGGGAACUCCCUUAAUGGGUACUUUCAGUGCUCAGUAUCCGCCUACUGAGUGGUUCAAUCCCAGAGUUGUUCAUCUUCACAGCGUGGCAACGCAAACGAGAGCCAUCAGCCCAUCGAUGAUGGAAGGUUUAGACCAAUCACAGGCCAGUUUCCAAGUUUGGGACGAUUCGAGUUCAGUUCGUUCUGCAACGUUACCCAGGAGACACAGGCGUCAGCCAAGUGGUGACUCAACAAGUUUGCUGGCUAAUUCAACGCCAAGAAGCUCGAGAAGACAUCGAUCACCUUGUUCUACACUUCCUCGUUCGAAAUGUUCAAGCUUAAGUCGAUGUACUUCGCGAGCUUCUGUACUACCAUCCACGAAUCAGGAUCCUUAUCAAGCUCGAGUACCAGUGCAAAAUGGUAAACACUCUAGCAACUCAUCACCAAGUAGAAGUGGCGGCAGUUCAGGGUCCGUUAGAGCACCAAAUGCAAGUCCAGCAAAGACGGCGACUCUUGGAAGGUCAAGCACUCGACACAGCUCGCGGAGACCCAGUCACGACUCAACUGGUAGCGGCACUAAGUCAUCGAAUAGUUCUCCACAACACAAGGUUCUGCAAAAGACGUCUUCCACACAUUCAACACACUUGAGCAGUAAGUCUGUAUCUAAUGGAAAACUCUCAUCUCCGUUAAAGACGUCUGUCAACUCUGCCAAAUCAUCUCCAUUAAAAGUUAUUCAGCAAGGAGCAUUAACUCCUCUUCAAGAAACACAGAACUCAAUAACGCUUCAAGUCUCUACAAACCUAAGUCCUGUCAGUCCUCCACAAGAGCAAAGAGGCAUCUCUAGCAGCGUUACUCUAGCUUCAAACGCUUCAAGUACCACCACCAUAUCAGGCUCUCCAGGAACAAAAAUUUAUGUUCAUCAGAAUAACUCUCCAAUGCGGUCAGUUAUUACCUUUGAAAAUGGUACAGCUAAAAAUAUUAUUGAAAAAGAAACUUGUAGCAAUAAGGAAAAGGAAGAGAUGAUAAGUGAAAAGAUUCAGAAAGCUAUGCUCGAAAAGGAAAAAUUAAAUUCUAAAACGGAUGAGGAUAAACUUAAAAAGGUUAAUGAUGAAGACUGGAAAUCGAUGAAAUUAGAGCGGCCUUCUUCACUUUACACGACAAAAGAUACAAAAUCUGAAUCAGAUAAAGAAAAUAAACCUAAAAUUGAAGAAGAAACUCCGAAUAAAUUAAAAUUAACGAAUCGAUUGAAUAAUAGUCAAGCACAUUUAAUUGAUGGAUCAACGAAUAACAUUGAUAAAAAUUCUCUUGCUUUGUCAAAUGAUCAUUCACUCAAUGGAUCUUCAAUUAAAAAUACCAAUGAUGCCAUGAAUAAUUCUCGAAAACUCAGUCUCUCAUUAUCCAAAGAUGCAUUGAGUUUUAGAAAUCUCCUUCGUCCAGGUUCUAAAAAUAAUGUCUCAAAUCCACCGUCACCUACAAAACCUUUCGAUGGCUUUGGAGGAUCAUUCAAUAAUGUUUAUAUCGAAAACUUAGAGAAUGGUAAAUCACGACGAGCUCCUCAAGGAUCAGAACCGAAUUUAGAAAAAACAGUGAGUCGAGGGGAUUUGUACUCUUACCCAAGUCUCAGUGACAUGCAGGUGCAGUUUACAAGUCUGGCAGCUCAGAAAAUACUUAAAGGUUGUCCAAUUAAUAGCGUUGAUACUUUAGUUGAGGUAAAUAUGGCAGCAGAUAAGCCUAAUAAUCGAGAUGUUACCGUACAUACAGACUUUGGACUUGUUUAAUAGAAAGUAAAAAAAUAAAAUUAAUCAGGAAAAAUUAUUUAUAAUAAAUUCAUCAUGUUUAUUAACGAUUGGAUGAAUGUAACCAAAUUACAUGUCGAGUCAACAAAAGCGUAACGAGCUUAUUUUGUAGUAAAUAGAAGUAAAGAAUAUUGUUCGAUUAUUCAAAGAACAGAUUCCGAAAAAUUAAAAAAAAAUAUAAUCAUAAAAGUUAGGCAGCCAUUCCAACGAAAAAGUAUUCUAUAGUCUUUUUAUAGUGGCCUGUAAUAUAUUUAGUGGUAAAGUUGAUAUAAUAAACUUAUUAUAAACGAGAAAUAAAAAAACCCCAUUUAAUUGAGGCGAUAAUUUUCACUGAGUGUAUAUCAAUCAAAUUAUAAAAUAUCAAAUGAUAGAAAUAAAAAUAUUGGAAAUACGUAAUUGCCAUAAAUUGGCUGAGAAAAAAUAAAAUAUUAUUGAUCGAUCA